UACUAGCUACAGUUGGAAACUAGAACCAAGUGAGUUGAAUUAGCAUCAACUGUGAUAUAAAGAAUACAAAAAAGUGUCAGUUAAAACAGUUCAAGUUCAAGUUCAGGUUUAAGUCUGUUUACCCCCGGAAGCAGUUUGAACAGGUUGUCUGCCUUCUACAUUUACAGUGCACAACACUGCAGGUUUGAAUGUGAAGAAGAUGGCAGCUACGAAGCAGUGCAGCAGGAAAAUGUCGCCCGUUCCAAUCUCUGGUAUCCCUAGACGGGCUCCGAAGCUAAGCGAGAUAAGAAGACAAAAUACUAUCAACGAGGAGGAAGAUAUAUUGUCCAGUUUGUCCUUAGGACAGAAUAGUCAGCUCAACACGUCCUUAGGACAGGACAUAUUGUCCAGUUUGUCCUUUGGACACGAUAGUAAACUAAACUGUACAACAUCAAACAUAAACAAUGAAGAUAUGAAUAAUGUUGGGAUGGGAGGGAAGGAUGAAACCAACUCAAUACUUUGGGAUUAUUCUGCUGAAAACAUAAAGAAUGCUAUGUGUAGCAGAACAAGUUUUAUCUCAGUAAUAGCUCAAACCAAGGAUUUGUCGCUUUCCGAUGAGAAGAAGAGGAGCCCUACCCAUUCUCCGAUCUAUCCUCCUGCAGGCUCCAAUCCUCCUGCAGGCUCCAAUCCUCCUACAGCUUUCAAUCCUACUCCAACCUUCACUAAUCCUCGUGUAACCUCCAAUCCUCCAGUUUCCUCCGCCAAUAAUCCAACAUCCAACCCUCCACUCUCCAGAACCUUGACACCGCCUCCGAUUCCACCAAGAAUCCAGCCAGGACCUCCUCGUGUUCCUCCAAUAGGUUUACAUGCUUCGGUUGAACCUCUCGUCAAUAAUUCAGGAAGUGUUCCUAUUCCAGCAAAAUGCUCAAGCCAGCUGAGAAAGCUGAUACAAACUCACAGUAUUGUUGAAGAGGACAAGGAUAAUGAUUGUUUGGAUGGAGGUCGACCUAUUUAUCCAAACCUUCCCUACUCACCCUACUCUUCACCCUGCUCCUCACCCAGGAUAAAACGCAAACCGUUGGUUGAGACGAGAACAGUUUCUACAGAACAUAAUGGAGACUUUGUUCAGCUAAACCAGUACAAGCUUCAGGGCGCAUUGACUUAUAUACAAAAUAUUGAUGGUCAGGGUGUAGUAGGCCAGGGGAGCUACGGAAUUGUAAAGCUAGCCUACAACGAAGAGGAUGAUAAGAAUUAUGCAAUGAAGAUUCUGAGUAAGAAGAAGCUGAAAAAGAAAGCUGGUAUAUUUGGAAGAGCUGCUCCUAAUAGAAAAGGCAGCGGUGGCACAAAGAUAAAAACAGCUGAAAAUCCUCUGGAUAAGGUGUAUCGUGAGAUUGCAAUCAUGAAGAAACUAGAUCAUCCUAAUGUUGUAAAGCUGGUGGAGGUUCUGGACGAUCCUGAAGACGAUCAACUGUAUAUGGUAUUUGAGAUGCUGGAGCGAGGUGAAGUGCUUGAAGUUCCAACUGCUGAACCUCUAGGAGAACAAGGAGCAUGGUCUAGCUUUAGAGAUGUUCUUCUUGGUCUAGAAUAUC